UAAACAUAUUCAUGAUUCAUACUUCCUUGUUGUCAGCCCUGAUUCAUAGGACCAUGGUUGACCGAUUGGUAAAUAGUGAGGCUAAUGCCAGACGUAUUGCUAUGGUUGAAAACUGCUUUGGCAGUUCUGGCCAGCCACUUGCAGUACCUGGAAGAGUCUUAGUUGGAGAAGGUGUGUUAACAAAAAUGUGUAGGAAAAAGCCUAAACCAAGACAAUUCUUUUUAUUUAAUGAUAUAUUGGUUUAUGGAAAUAUUGUAAUGAAUAAAAAAAAGUACAACAAACAACAUAUCAUACCACUUGAAGAAGUCAAACUUGAAUCUUUGAUUGAUGAUGGUCAAUAUCGCAAUGGCUGGCUCAUAAAAACAGUAACAAAGUCAUUUGCUGUUUAUGCUGCUACUGCAACAGAGAAACAAGAAUGGAUGGCUCAUAUUACAAAAUGUAUUGAAGAUUUAUUAAGAAAAAGUGGUAAAAAACCAGUUGAAGUUCAUGCAGCUGUUUGGGUACCAGAUAAUGAAGCUACAAUUUGUAUGCAUUGUAAUAAGACACAAUUUACAGUCUUAAAUAGACGGCAUCAUUGUAGGCAAUGUGGAGCUGUUGUAUGUGGACCUUGUAGCAAUAAAAAGUUGUUAUUACCUGGACAAGGAAAUGGAAAAGCAGUUAGAGUUUGUCUACAAUGUUAUGAUGCAGCCAGUAAAGUAAAAGCAUCAUCUCCAUCUACUGUUGAUAAUUUAAAUAAUAAAGAUCAACAACGUAAUUCAGCAGAUAGUUCAGGAGGUGAUAGUUCUGGUGAUGAUGAUGAUGGAAACAAAGAAGAAAAUCACGAUCAUGAGCCUAAAUUUUAUUCUACGCUUGCCCGAUGAAGUUAACUACAUUUUAUAUUGAACAGCAAUAUGAAUAAGAACAUAUUCAGAACUAUAUUUUUAAAAGUUGAUAACUUCAAAUUGUCAAUAAUAUUAUAACUAAUAGUAAUUUAAAGAUUGUUAAAACUAUUUUUAAAUUAUAUUUAUGCAAAGAAUUAAGAAACAUAUCUGUAUAUAAAGAAUUCAAAUAAUUUUGUAUUAAAUUUUGAAAUUUAAUGUUUUAAUAUGUAUAUCUAAUUUAUAUGAAUAACUUUGAAGAUAUCAUUGACAUUAAGAAUUAAAUAAUAUAUUAUUUUAAUAUUUACAAAAAAAUUAAAAGAUAGAAGAUUACUAUUUUUUUAACUCUAUAUUUUGUAAAAAGAAUUCAUGAAAUUUUGACCAUUUAUACUUAUAUCGUCUUGUUAUACUGAAGUAUUUCGAUAUAUAUUCUUAUUAGAUUCUAUUUUAUCUAAUUUUCGUUGAUAUGAUAUUUUAUGAAUAUAUGCCACAUUGUGCCUUUCUUAAUGAAACAUUUGUCUUUUCUACUGUUUGUAAGCAGAUAAUGUUAAUUUUAGAAAAAGUACAUUAUAUAUAAUAAAUUUUAAACAUAUAAAUACAUAUAAUAUAAAAUCAAAAUUCAGUUUAAUUACUUGUAUUAUAAAAUUAAACGAAAUCUUUAUAAAAUAUUAUAUCGUAAAAUAAAAUAAAUUUAAUUAUAUUUAA